GGAUCGAGCAUGGGCAGUGUUUGGCGGGAACGAUUACAUGAGUGAUCCUGUAGAAAUAUGUCGAAUGAUCAAGAAAUUGUUACAUCGAAACCUCUGAAACCGAAGGGAAGAACAGAGUUAGGUGAUGUAACUCCUCACAACAUCAAGCAGCUCAAGAAAUUGAACUCUGUUGUAUUUCCCGUCAGCUAUAACGACAAGUUUUACAAGGAUGUACUUGAAGUUGGGGAACUAGCGAAACUAGCAUUUUAUAAUGACAUUGUAGUUGGAGCAGUUUGCUGUCGCAUUGACCAGAUAGAAGAUGCUAGACGGCUUUACAUAAUGACUUUGGGAUGUUUAGCCCCUUAUAGAAGACUUGGUAUUGGUACUGUCAUGCUUGAACAUGUGCUAAAAUGUUGUGAAAAGGAUGGUAACAUUGACAAUGUUUAUUUGCAUGUUCAAGUUAGCAAUGAAGGAGCAAUAGGAUUUUACAAGAGAUUUGGAUUUGAAAUAAUAGAAACAAAGAAACAAUACUACAAACACAUUGAACCAGCAGAUGCUCAUGUCUUGCAGAAAACACUUAGGCACAAAAAGAGAGAUAUUUGUGUAUGACAGAGUAAAUAGAUCUAGCACUUUAACAUUAAAAGCUUCCGAAAACAUUGAAUGUGAACAGAUUAUAUAGUGUAAAACUAUAUCCUCCUCCUCACAAGUGUCUGUUUUCUUACUUUUACCUUAGUAAAGAAGAUCUCCAACAGAUGGUGCAACCUUGUUUUAGAAUCUGUUGUAAGCAAAGCACAAUGACUUGAUGGCUGGAAAAGUAACAUGAAAAUGCCAAUGUUAAUUCAAAGUGAAAACGAUUAUUUGUGGUGAAAAUCAUGUUGGAGCUGAUCUUUGUCAUUUUUUUCUUUCAUCACUUUGUUUCAAAUUUAACAAGACAUGUUAUGAACUUAGGAAAUUCUGCAACUCUUGGUGUUCAAAGCCAUUGGAUAUUGCAGAAUUCUCCAGGUAAUGUGUAGAAUUUUCCAGCUAAGUGUUGAUGGCUGGAACUAUUUCUAAUUCUGACAUGGAAAAUAUUCUCCUACUUCUUGCCAUGUUAUUUCUUUAUGAAAACCUUGAACACAAAAGAUAUUAAUACUCUUUCAUUGCAUCGAGAAUACAAAAAUCAUUACACUGCAUAUGAGUCAAUGCACUUUAAGUUUAGAAAACACUUAACAAAUUGUCAGUU